UACGCAACGUUGGCCGGGCGGAUAAGAAGCAAAAACUCAGCAGCCGCGGCAUUUGUUUAACUAAUUUGUUGUUGCUCUCGACGCGUGUGCUGCGGGCAAAGAUUGUGCGUGGUUUGAAAAAUUAUCAAAAAAGAAAAAUCAUCAAAGGGAAAUUUUUGUGAAAUGCCAAGCAUUUCGUGAAUGAGAAAAGUUACACUGAAAUGAUUAAAUGUGCGUUAAAUGCUGUGUAUUGAACACAUUUAUCAACAGUGAAAUCGAGAAGAAACAUAUCCCAAAACACUGCUGCGAUUUAAUUGCCUCGCCAACAACAUUUUUGACUGGGCGAAAAAUGGAAAACUGAAAGCAGGGAACUCGAAACCGAUAACGGGAAACCCAAAAACAAAGUCGGCCUGAAGUAAAAUGUCAGCUGUGUUAGUGCAAAAAGCGUCGCCCGAAUCUCAACUCAACAAUUUGGAGGAGCAAUCACCGGAAGUGGACGUGGCACAGUUGGCAACCAUAUCGCUGCUGCUGCAAUACGAUAUCGACAACACGCUGAAUGCUCUCAAGGAGCACCAGAAGAUGACCCUCGACGCUCGCCUGGGCAUGCCCGAAAUGCCCAUAGUCCUUAAUAACAACCAGGACGCCGCUGCCGCCAAAAAGGAUAAAGACAUCAACCGGAAUAUGCCCGGUAGUCCCAGUACCGAACUGGAGGAGGUGGAGCAGAUGGCACUGGACGGCAAGGUGGCAUCGAAUCCCUUUAUGCCACCCACUCCGCCGGCCACGCCCAACCUGCAGAAUACCGCCCAAAAGCGCUGGAAGAUCCUGGCCAAGGUGCUGCGCAAGGAUUCCGAGGAGACGGUUUCAUCUUCGAGCGAUGAGUUCGCCGAAGAGCAAACUGCCUCUGUGCGCCGCUUCAAGAGCUUCGAUCUGCUGCGCCAGGACAGCUUCGAGGAUCAUGUGAGCCUCAAGUGCUUGGGAAAGACAGAGAACUGGUACAAAUACCGCAUGGCGUUGGAGAACGACAUGGAGUACUCAGUGAACAUCCAUCAUAUGGAACGCCAGCUGACGGCCAGCGAUCUGAUGGGCUUCAAUAACACCGGCAACAUUUGCGUGUGGCCCUCGGAGGAGGCUCUGACCGCUUUGGUCCUUUCUGAGGUGUCAUCGUACCGCGGCAAAUGGAUCCUGGAGCUGGGUGGAGGAUUCACCUCACUCGCGGGUCUGAUGCUGGCCAAGUACGCCACUCCAUAUGCCGUCCACCUGACCGAUGGCAAUGAGAUCUCGGUGGAGAAUGUCCGCAAGACCGUCUGCCUCAACGAACUGAGUUGCUACACCAAGUGCUCGGUGCUCAAGUGGCAGGAGAAGGGUGCCCGUUCCCAGGCGGAGCAGGGCAAAUUCGACUCCAUUCUCUGUGCCGACUGCCUGUUCUUUGAUGAGGCCCGCUCGGCGCUGGUGGACACCAUCUGGUAUUACCUGGCACCUCAAGGAUCUGCCCUGAUAAUGGCCCCACGACGGGGACGCACUCUGAGCGUGUUCCAGGACGAGUGCGUGGCCAGGGGAUUUCGUGUGGAGUUGGCCACGAGGUACAAUGAGACCAUCUGGCAGCGGCAUCUCCAGCUGAAGGCGGACUCCGCCCUCUACGACGAGGACCUGCACUAUCCGCUGCUCCUGCGGCUGUGCAAAGAGCACAGCUAGGAGAAGCUGGCACUAGGUGCAAUUACAUUUUAAAUUUUAGUCAAUGUUUUAGUUGAUAGCAAGCAAAUUCCAGUUUACACCUUAAACAAAAGCGAGGCCAACGGCUGGCCUCGGCGAACAAAAAGAAAUUCCUCCCACACCGAAAAACGGAAAUGUAGCAAAUCAAAUUCAUUAGGCUGGUGCUAAAAUUAACGUGAAAUGUACAAAGCCAACACA